AUGAACCUGUACACGGAGGCGUCCGCAUUUGAAGGCGCCGCGAUAGUGGCUAUGAUUCAGCGGCACGACGAGGAGGUGGGAACGGAGCAGAAGAUCCUUCAGAUCACCAUGGAGGACGGAAUCACGCUCUCCGUGGAGCUAGAUCCCGCUGAGAAGCGCUUGAACGAGCUGGGCUACCGGCAGGAGCUCCACCGCUCUCUGCGUUUCCUCGGCCUCUACGCAGUGGGCGCCUUUACGCGGCCUCUACACGGCGUGUCUUUCAUGACUGCAGUGGGCGUGUCUUUCAUGACUGUAUUCGCCGGAUUCGUCCCCACCUACGCGUACGUCCCUUUCCCUCCCCUCCCCAUUCGCAUGCCCCAUGCAUGUAUGUUCGUACGUCCCCACCUACGCGUAUGUCCCUUUCCCUCCCCUCCCCACUCGCAUGAUCCUGCCCAGGGCUUCAUCAACGGCGGCCCAGCAGGGCUCAUCUGGUACUGGUGGAUCACCGCCCUCUUCGUACACCUUAUAGGCCUCUCCAUGGCCGAGAUAGCAUCCUCGUUCCCAACAGCUGGCUCGCUCUAUUUUUGGGCGGCAGCACUGGCAGGGCCGAAGUGGGGCCCACUGGCUUCAUUCAUCACGGGGUGGAUGGAGUUCCUGGGCCUGGCAGUGUGUGGCGCCAACGUCUCGUAUGGAGGCUCCGUUAUUCUGCAAGUGCUCAUCCUCAUCUCAACAGGCGGUGCUGAUGGGGGUGGGUACCUCCUCAGCAAGUACGCUGUUUUCGCCAUUGCGUGCGGCUUUGUGCUUAUCUGCUUCCUCAUCAACUGCUUAUCAGUGCGCACUGUAGCAACAGUCAUGGUCGUCUCUGCUGCCAUUCAGAUAGCAGCAGCAGUGGUGCUCAUCGUCAUGCUGCCUCUAGUGGCGCCCACCCAUGAGCCCGCAUCCUGGGUGUUUGGGGACUUUGGCAACAACAGAGACAUCACACUCACGCCCAGCAAUGCCUACUCCUUCCUCAUCACUCUCCUCGUCUCACAGUACUCCCUCUACGGCUACGACUGCGUGGCGCAUCUCGCAGAAGAGACAAAGAAGGCCGACCGGACGGCGCCGCUCGCAAUCAUGUCCUCUCUGACCACAGUGACCGUGCUGGCGUGGCUGCUCGUGGUGGUGCUGACGUGGAGCAUCCAGGAUCCAGCUCAUCUGUUCGUGGCGGAGAGUGUGACAGGUGGCAUGCAACCAGUGGUGCAGAUCAUGUGGGACGUGUUUUACACUCGUUACGGCUCUGGGUUGGGAGCGCAGGUCUUUACAGUCGUCAUCUGCAUCUCUUUCUUCGGAGCAACUCUUUCAUGCCAGCUGGGGGCAUCUCGUGUGGCAUAUGCCCUGGCUAGGGAUGGUGGCCUGCCCUUGUCCUCCCUCUGGCGACGAUUGGCACCCAACCGCGUUCCAAUAUGGGCACUCACGCUCUCCGUGCUCGUGGGGCUGCUCUUCCUACUGCCCGUGCUCGCCUCCUCCACGCUCUUCUUCGCCCUCGCAUCCAUCUCCACCAUUGCUUGGAUCUCCGCCUACUCCAUCCCCAUCCUCUUCCGCACCCUGCAAGAUGAGAGAAAUUUUCCGCCCGGCCCGUUUUAUCUGCCCAACUACAUCGGGUUCACAGCCGGGAAAAUGGUCCACGUGGUUGCUCUGCUCUGGGUGCUCUACACCCUCGUCGUAUUCAACCUCCCGACGAUGUUUCCUAUCACGGUGGAGAAUUUCAAUUGGGCACCGGUCGCCAUAGCUGUGUGGAUGAAGAUGUUUAUUGUGUGGUGGCUGCUGCAUGCUAGCUUUCCCCUUUUCCUUCUCCAAUCCCUUCCCACCAAUCAGCCCUCGUCUCCUGCAAUUCAUCAAGCAGCUCGACCCCACUGCAGUUCAAAACCGCAUGAAUUCGCGCUCGUCUCCCCGAGUUCAUCAAGCAGCUUGAUCACACUGCAGUCCAAACCGCAUCAUUCUUGUGUUGACUUAAAGCCCCUCUUCCUUCCCCUCUACCUCCCCGUUUAUUCUUCCUUCCCCCAUCAGCGCUCCGCUCGUCUCCCCGAGUUCAUCAAGCAGCUUGAUCGCACUGCAUCCCCUCACCCCGCUCCCGGCCUCCGUCUCCCCUCCUUCUCCCUUUCUUCCGCCUUCUCUUGCCCAUCAGCCCUCGUCUCCUCGACUUCGUCAAACAGCUCGACCCCCAUGCAGCCCUUAUUGCAAGACUUUGGAGCAGACUUAAAAGCCCCUUCACCUGCUCCCCCUGCCUCCUCCUCCCCUCCCUUCCUCCUCCCUUCUCUUGCCCCAUCAGCCCUCGUCUCCUCGACUUCAUCAAGCAGCUCGAACCCAACUCACCCUCGUCUUCUGGACUUCGUCAAGCAUCUCGACCCCAAAGCAGUCGAGGCCGCAUCAUCUCGAGCCUUCGCUGCUCUGGCGCCAUACCACAACCUUACCACGCCUGGAGGUUCGGAAUCAGGUUCGAGAGCACGUUUUGAAGCAGAUGUUGAAGCGAGUCUGAAGGCAGCAGUAAUGGAGCUGUCAACACUUAAGGGCGUUGGAGCAGCAACAGCAUCUGCAGUGCUGGCUGCGUUCGCCCCUGAAAUCGCUCCAUUUAUGUCGGAUGAGGCCAUGGUUGCGGCGUUGGGGGACUGCAAAGACUACUCGCUUCGCCGCUACCUCGUUUUUGGCAAGGCCAUGCGCGAAAAGGCAUCGGGAUUGAAUCGGCUCGAAGCAGAAGGGCAAGCAGAGCAGGACUGUGCCCGUUCCACGUCACAUGAAGAGGAGGCUUCACUCGUUAAGUUCACAGCUGCUGAUGUAGAGAAGGCACUGUGGCCUGGCGUCUGCCGGGCUUUUACGGUAAAAGCUACCUAUUAUGAUGAAGAUGACGAAGAUCUAUUUGAGUUAACUUUCCUUCAACGGUUGCAGCGGGCAUGGCGAAUCAUCUUUCCACCAAGAAACCGUCCUCCGAGCAAUGCAGAGAUUGCCAAAGAGCGGCUUCGGCUUGUUCUGUACACAGAUCGAGGGGAAGUAAGUCCUGAAGUGAGAAGGCGACUACGCCGCAAGAUCAUUGAUGCAAUUUCAGCAUACGUGGAGAUAGAAUCAGAAGAAGACGUGCAGCUGAGUGUGUCAGCUGACCCGGACAUUGGGACCGUGUAUUCCAUCACCAUUCCUGUGCGGAGAGUGAAGCCGGAGUAUCAAGAGUACUGGAGCGAGUCUGGAUUCAGGGAUCGGUUUUAUGAGGAGAUUCUGAGGGAACGUGGCCCCAACUCAGCACUCACAAAGCUGGAAAUAAUGAGGGAGCCUGUGUCAGAUGAUGAUAGCAGAGCAGGGUCCGCAGAUUCGUGA